CCGAAGCCCAAAGGAAUAUUUAAUGGAGAUAUCGAGCAAACAUACUACCACAGGUACGUCAAUUCGAUUGAAUACCUAACGAACGAACGCACUGAGCUGACGUAUAUCCAGGGCACCAGUACUACCGCCCGGGCACAGACUCAUAACGCAUGAAAGUGCUCGCGAAAACGCCAAAGAUCCAUUCGGACAGUGCACAACGCGUCAGGUUGUGCCCUGGCUCGGGUUAGGCUACUGAGCCUUGGACUGGUGCCGCCUGAUAUGGCACACCGAGUGGAUACUCCCCAUCUCCCACCCUGGCAAAGCGGUGCCUUUUGGGCGCGGCUUAAUACACUUAUUCCCUUGGCUCUAGUAGUCUUGUUAACUUUCGAGAGAAACCCAUAAUGGUGUUUUCCUGUCAUGCUGAGCAUCUCCCAUCCCGAGAACCCGGGGGACAUGCCACCCUUUUCCCCUCCAAGAAGUGGCCCAUUCACCUGCUUGCAUUGUAGACAUGCGAUCCUCUACCCUUGCUGGUUUUAUGGCGCCCUUCGGCCUUCCCGCCUUCGCUGCGUCCUCCAACAAUACUGGUCCCGUAUGUGGUAG